AUGAGCUCUUACUUUGUAAACUCGUUCUCAGGGCGCUAUCCAAAUGGCUCCGACUAUCAGUUACUAAAUUAUGGGACUAACGGCGCUGUGAGCGGUUCCUUCAGAGACCCUGGCACCAUGCACUCCGGGUCUUUCGGCUACAACUACAAUGGCAUGGACCUAACCGUGAACCGCACCAACACCGGCGGCCACUUCGGGGCCGUGAGAGAGGAUGCCCGGGGAUUCGGGCCGGACGCCCGGUACAGACAGACACCCAACUGCUCGCUCUCAUCUCCAGAGCCGGUGCCGCCGUCGUGCGCCACGGCCAGCCGGGAGCCGCUGGAACUAAAAAGCCCCUCUCCCCCGUCUGACCGGAGCACGACCUCGAGCGGCAACAAUCUCAACAAAAACAACAGCGCUCAUUUCACGGAGAUAGAGGACGCCACCGUCGCCUCCGAGACCGAGGAAGGGGCACACGGCAGCGGCGGCUCCAGCACGGCACCUCGGGCGCAGCAGCAGCAGCACCAGGAACCCAACGCCACCUCCUCCACUCCCACAUCAAAUGAUUGCCAAACACCACAAAUAUUCCCCUGGAUGCGGAAACUGCACAUAAGCCAUGAUAUGACUGGACCUGAUGGGAAAAGGGCCCGAACCGCGUACACCCGCUACCAGACGCUAGAGCUGGAGAAAGAGUUUCACUUCAAUAGGUACCUAACCAGACGGCGGAGGAUAGAGAUAGCCCACGCCCUGUGUCUUUCCGAAAGACAGAUCAAAAUCUGGUUUCAGAACCGCAGGAUGAAGUGGAAGAAGGACAAUAAACUGAAAAGCAUGAGCCUUGUAACGGGAGGGAGCGCCUUCCACAACUGA